CAUACUUGAGAAUGUAUGAUGACGAAUCUCAUCGUCCUUGUGGGAAAUGUCAUUGUCAGUUUCAAAGUCAACAUGACUAAUUCUUCAUGAUUCAUUGUCUGAAAAUUAUAAGUAGAAGCAACUGGGUCAGCACAUUUCUAGGAAAUGGUUUUGUCUGCUAUUGUAGAUUGUAGUUUAUGGUUUUAGGAUUUUAAGCAUGGGUCCUGCCCGAGUGACUUCCUGGAAGUUGCUCUCUGUGGAUGUGCACAGGAACGGAACAAUGAUGUCAGGCAACUGAUAACUUUUGGACAUCCGAUGGUCUCAUUUCACAUGCUUGGAGUUGGGAAGAAGAGAAUGUAUGAAAGCGAGAGAGGCUGGUAGAACUAUCAGAGACUGGAUGAGUGUGAUAGCGAGGGCAGCAUCUAGAAUCCGACAAAGACUGGAUGAGUGUGAUAGCGAGGGCGACAUCUAGAACCCAACAGAGACUGGAUGAAUGUGGAGAGGGGCGGCCAUGGAGCGCAUGACACUGGAGUGUGAAGAACAUCACACGGAGCUGCUGGAGGAGUUGAAGGUAAUGUUUGACGAAGGUCUGCUGGUGGAUGUGACGAUGUGUGUACAGGACCGGAGAAUUCCGUGCCACCGAGCGGUCCUGGCGGCUGCUAGCCCGUACUUCCGUGCCAUGUUCACCUCUGACCUGCACGAGUCGAGACAGCAAGAGGUGUGGCUUCGAGAAACAGAUUCUGACUCUGUCCACCUACUCAUUGAGUACGCGUACUCGGGUCGUCUGGACAUCACGUCUGCCAACGCCCAAAGUCUGCUGGCCACAGCGUCUCUGCUACAGAUGACCACCGUCCAGAAGGCCUGCGCCAAGUUUAUGGAGACCCAGCUGGAUGAAACGAACUGCGUGGGCAUUCAGUGCUUUGCCUCGGUGCACAACUGUGAGGAGCUGUUCGUCAAGGCUCGCGAGUUUAUCGAGAAAAAUUUCAACACUGUCAGUCGGACGGAGGAGUUUCUCGAGCUUCCGCUGGACAAAGUGGUGGAUAUUGUGUCGUCGGAUGAGCUGAACGUGGAGAAAGAGGAGACGGUUUACGAAGCUAUCAUGACUUGGGUGAGCCAUGACCUCAAGUCUCGGCGUCAGCAUCUAGGGGAGCUAAUGUUACAUUUACGGUUUCCUCUCGCCAGCGUCAAAUUCCUGACUGAUGUCGUGUACCCUAACCCCAUGUUAAUGGAGAGUGAGAAGGGUCGUGUGCUGAUUCGAAACAUCCGGAUGUUUCUGGAAAAUCCCGAGAAAGUGUACAGCGCCAGCAAUGCCAAAGAUCCGUUCCCCCUGCGCUCCGGGAUGAUUCAGCCCGAGCAUUGCAUCCUUUUGGUGGGUGGGAUUGACCAGAGCAAGCCGUCCACCAUCAACUGUUACAACCCACUCACCCGCGAGGCCUUCUUCAUGGCCACCUUCCCCGAGAUGGAAGACAAGGCCCGCUACUACUGCGUGGAAGAUCCCGCCGUGAUCGUCACAGAGGACAACAGCAUCUACGCAGCGGGCGGGAACUAUAUUUAUCACGCGAACUAUGGGGAGUCGCCGUCAGACGAGGACUCGGUGUCCUUUGAUGACUUUGAGGACGAGGAGUCUGUGAGAAAAGACGUGUACAUGUACGACAACGACCACAACCGGUGGCUCCCGCGAGCCCCCAUGCUGUUCCCAAAGUCCAACUUCACCCUGGCCUCUGUGGACGGCAAACUGUACAGCUUUGGUGGCCUUACCCUUAACCAGCACCCGACGGAGAUAGUGGAGAGUUACGACGUGGAGAAGAACCAGUGGAACUAUGUCGGAAUGAUGCCCACCACGCUGGUCGAUCUCUCCUCCGUCGUCCUGAGGGGAGAGAUCUAUCUUCUGGGCGGCAGGACGGGGGUGGGGGCUCACAACGUGGUCAUGAAGUUUGACCCCCGCAAAAACGAAUGGACCUCUCUGGCCGGGAUGCCCACCCCGCGAUUUAAUUUCGGUGCCUGUGUUGUGGACGGGGAAAUUUUGGUGGCCGGCGGUCAAAUCUACUCUCAUUCCACCAACACGAUUCGUCGCGACGCUCUGCGCUCCUGCGAGAUCUACAACGUGGAGGCCAACCAGUGGCGACAGGGGCCGGAGCUGACCGAGGAGAUGUACAAUGUUGCCUUGAUGCACGUCAACGGGUGUGUCUACGCCCUCGGGACUUCCGAGUACCAGCGGUCACCCUUCAGAAUCUACCGUUUCAAUGUGGUGUGUCGCCUAGAUCUAGGUCACAAACGCUGGGAGCAGGUGGAGUCGGCUCUUUGCGACAUUCGCAGCUUUGCUUCUGUGGCAGCCAAGCUUUACACACGCAAACUGUCUCAGGUGUUUCGACCGGAAGUGGACACUUGACCGCAGCGCUGAUCUUUCUAUUGUUGCCUUUUGGAGAAACUCAAAACUCAGCUCUGUUUCUGAAUAUUUUCACUGUCAGUCGUGUGCAGCCAUUUCUUUCUACGCAAUUGAUUUUCGUAUGGGAAACUUUUGCCGAGAUUUUAGUUUGCUUACUGGCAGUGGAAGGGUUGAUGGUAGAAGUUAGGAAUGUGUGGUUGUUAGAGUUUAGAGUAAAGAAGAACAUUCCAACUGAACCAAGUACUGGGAAAAGCAAAAACCACCCAGUCCGUAUUAGGAGACAGAUAGGACGAAACAAAGUCCUACAGCGGUUCCCUCCAACAACAUUUAAGAUUUAUGAGAGGCUCGUUUCUUUUCAAGAUCAUCCCUAUAUUCAUGAAUCUGUCUGCACUGUGGAUCUUCCUUUGUUUCACAGAGACGUUUAUCCCUCUGUAUAUUCCCAGGGUAGCAAAACAUUCUUUCUGAAUGAGUUUUAGUUAAAUAAAAACAUCCCCCAUAGUUGUAGCACGUAUGGCCGUCUUGGAACAAAAUGUCACGCUCAUUUGUAGGGCAUGUUACCCACUUGGAAAAAAACGCCGCCUGUUCAUGAAUUCAGAGGCUUGCUGUGCUAACAAUACUACUGUAUUUGCCAGUACAAUGUGAGCUUUUGGACGGUUUUUCUUCAUAAAAUGUUGUUUGAGCUCAGUCUCUGUUUGCCUGUUCUCAUACUUUUCUUUACUCAAAAUCUGAAUUUGCACCAGUCAACUUGUGCUUUCCCUCAGCAUCAAUGCAAUGCUCAUGGCUGAUUUUAUAUCUUGCAGAAAACCUAGGGUUUUUAAAAAAUUUCUUUGACUAGGAAUACAUUGACGUUAUAACUGUGCAUUGCCCCUGAUAACAGAUAGAAAGUGAUUCUAAGGUAAAUAUUGCAAAUUAUUGCUCAGAUUAGAAAAAUCUUCGGGAUGAUAUAUUAUGUGUACUAGAAGUGAAAAGAGAGAAUGGGGAUUUUUGUCAUCACAUGCUUUAAAUCAACCACAUGCAUGAAAGAUAAACUCAGUGAUUUUUUUUCUUAUUUGAUCAUGCGCUUGCCUCCACUAUUUUUUGCCAUAUUUGUCAGUCACAUUUUGAUUCACAACACAAUUUUUUCCUGAAUAUUUUUUUUCCCAUCCCCAUUUUUCAUAGUUGGGUUUUGAGACUGGUGCUUCUGUGAGUUGUUACGCAGACGUUUGAUAUUCUGUCUGUGCCUAGACUGAUCUGUUCUCUCUUGCCUUGUCCCGGCACGACCACAGAGUUACUCAGAAUUCACUCUUCACGGCAAUUCUGUGUGCACCCACCACCCUACCCCGCCCUCAUCCUCCCCAAAUAACAGCAUGCUUCUUGCUGUGCGUUUUGGCUUAUGACUGAAGUACUUUCAGAUUUUCUUAUAUCCAACUUAGUUCUCUCAAGCUCUUUAGGGGCUGGGAUGAAAGACUGCAUUCCUUAAUAAUUGUGUGUGAAGUUCUUAGAAAUGAAAGAGUUGAAAUGUGAAUGGCAAAAGUAGUGUGAAGAGACGGAAUUUAUUGGAAUGGUUAUAAUGUUAUGAAGAGAUGGAAUUUCUAGGAAUGGUGAUAGCAGCUUUGAGAGGUGGAAUUUAUGGGAAUUGUGAUGGCAGCGUUAAAAGCUGCAAUUUAUGAGGAUGGAAAUAGAAGUGUGAAGAGACGGAAUUUAUGGGAA